AGUAGCGUUUCUUGUUAACGCACGUUACAAACGGUGACGUAAAACCGCGUUUGUUACUUAACUUGUUGCUAACACCGCUUUUCUGUUUAAUCUAUUAUUUAGCAGGACAGAUGUGGCUCAGCAAAAGAAUAAAGUUAUGUUUUGCUGUCUUUCUAAUGACAUUCCUGCUCGCCGAGUGUUACCCUCGCAUGAACCCUCGUGCGUUCCAAUAUGGAACGAAGCAGCAACUAUGGAAAAGUCAGUUUCAGGCAGCAAUCCCACCUCAAAUAAGCGAUCCAGUUCCUCAACGACGCCAGAAAACGAUAGACGUGCGUUGCAAACAAGAAUCAAUGGAGAUCGUAAUGCACGCAGAUCUGUUUGCCACUGGCCUUCCUGUAGACGCAAAGGAGCUGUGGUUGGGUCCUGACUCGAUGAUGAACAAAGUGUCUGGAGCAUCGUGUGGAGCUGUUCAGACUGGAGAAUUAGAGUUUACUGUUGUUUCUAACUAUAAAGAUUGUGGGACCACACUGUCUACAACAAAUGAUUAUCUGAUAUAUUCCAAUGUCCUCGUCUACUCUCCUCUCCCAUCACCUGAUGGUGUACUUCACCAGUAUGGUGCCGUCAUACCUAUUCAGUGUCAGUUCCAGAGGCAGUAUAAUGUUGACAGUGCAGCAGUUGCACCCACAUGGAUUCCAUAUGCUGCCGCUAUAUCAGCUGCAGAUUUUCUGGACUUCAACCUCAGGCUGAUGAGUGAUGACUGGCAGUAUGAGAGGGGUUCAAAUGUCUAUUUUCUUGGUGAUCCGAUACACCUACAAGCAUCAGUGACCUUGGCCAAUCACUUGCCCCUUCUUCUAUUUGUUGAUCAUUGUGUGGCGACACCGACUCCUAAUGUGGAUGAAAGUGAGCUUCAGUAUUCCUUCAUAGACUAUAAUGGAUGUCUUUCAGACAGUAUGCAUUCAUCUUCACGCUCCAAGUUCUUGCAGAGGACCGAAGGGAACAAGUUAAACCUACUAUUGGAUGCCUUUAGGUUUUACCGUGUGACAAGCAACUUGAUAUUUAUCACAUGUUACCUAAAGGCCAUUCCUGCCGCUUAUUCUGUGAGCUCUCAGAAUCGUGCAUGUUCCUUUAUUGAUAAAAGGUGGCAGUCUGUGGAUGGAAAUGAUCAGGUGUGCAACAACUGUGAGCCAUCCAAAAGAGGCAUGGCAGAUCCUGAGCCUAUCCAGCCUUUACCCAUCACGCUAGCCCCUCCCCUUGCCCAAAAACCAGGGCCUGCAUUCUUUCACAGUGUGCAACCGGGUCAAUCCAAAAAACCCUUUACGCCUUCACCCAUCAGGCCAACCCCUCCCCUUAGUCAACCUAUUGCUCUCCAUAAAGCAGGGCCUGCAUUCUUCUUUAAUGUGCGACCGGGUCAAUCACUAGAAGCUUUAAAAACCCUUGCACAGUCAAGACAAUACACCACUGGCAGUUUGUCAAAGAGAGGAACCGACUCAAACAAAGAUUGGCAUAAAAUUGCCACUUUAGGUCCUCUGGUUGUGCUCCCAAAGCAAGAAACAUCACAAUUAACAGGAUCUCUUCAGAUCAACCCAUCUGAAGACUCAACAGCAUCUGUUACUGAGCAGCCUGAGCUUCUGAGUCCAGUGACAAAUGAAUCUGAAGUCAGUCAAGGGACCAAAAGCUUGAGGCAAGAAAAAGCCCUGUUCCUUAAUCUUUCUGAUAUCCUGAGCUUAGAAGAAGGGAGUGGAUUUGAAUAAUGAAGUCUCCCCAAAUACAUACAAAUGAGAAUAAAAGAUGGAAGUUUAAACAAUGUGACUUAAAAAAAUAAAAA